AUGCGACAAGCAACCCGCUCCAGAUUCACGACAGACCCUUUAUUCGUUCGGCUGUUCGACGUGACAACAAGACCAAAGGACCACAGGAUGGCUUUCUUAACCAGCAAAGACAAGGGGACGACCACCGGUGUCUUGGACACUCUGGGUCUGAAGUCGGAGGGUCCCCAUGAUGUCCAGGAGGGCAUGAUGGCAGACAAUGCCGACAAUCUCCAGCGUCAUCUGGGGAACCGGCAGAUCCAGCUGAUUGCCAUUGGUGGUUCGAUCGGGACGGCGCUCUUUGUGAGUAUUGGAUCAGGCCUGUACCAUGGUGGGCCUGGCAGCUUGUUCCUGGCGUUUACCAUCCAAAGUAUCUUUUUGGCCAUGAUCAAUAACUGCAUCGCCGAGAUGACCACAGCUUUCCCGGUCAGUGGUGGCUUUAUCCGCUUGGCUGGUAAAUGGGUGGAUGAUGCGCUCGGCUUCAUGGUCGGCUGGAACUUCUUCUUCUACGAGGCUUUGUUAAUUCCAUUUGAAAUCUCGGCAUUUACUCUGGUACUCUCGUUUUGGAGUGAAAAGGUCACCGAGCCCGGACCCGUCGCGGGUGUCUGCGCUGGAAUUAUUUUGUGCUAUGCAUUCUUGAACAUUUUGGCGGUCCGAGCCUAUGGUGAAGCGGAAUUUUGGCUCUCCGGCGGCAAGGUUAUCUUGAUCUUCUCCCUGUUCUUCUUCACCUUCAUCACCAUGGUCGGUGGCAACCCGCAACAUGAUGCCUAUGGAUUCCGCUUCUGGAAUAAUCCCGGCUCCUUCAUGGAAUAUCUAGACACCGGAUCGCUGGGCCGCUUUGAAGGAUUCUUGGGAUCUCUGUGGUCCGCGUGCUUUGCUGUGGUCGGUCCCGAGUAUAUCUCGAUGGUCGCCGCGGAAGCGAGGCGCCCUCGCAUCUAUAUCAAGAACGCCUUCAAGACGGUUUACGCCCGAUUUGGAAUCUUCUUUAUCGGCGGCGCUUUGGCGGUGGGCAUCGUCUGCUCUUCUCGGGACCCGGCCUUGACGAAAGUGGUCAAUGGGGAGACUGGUGGCUCCUCUGCUGCAGCCUCGCCGUAUGUGAUUGGCAUGCGCAACAUGGGAAUUGCAGUUUUCCCGUCCAUUGUCAACGCACUUCUCCUGACUUCGAUCUUUUCCGCCGGUAAUACCUACACCUACUGCGCCAUUCGUACCCUGUACGGCCUGGCACUCGAAGGAAGAGCGCCGAGGAUCCUCACGUACACCACCCGCAAGGGCGUGCCCAUCUACUGUUUCAUCAUCGUGAUGAUCUUCCCGCUUCUCUCUUUCUUGCAGGUUUCGAACAGUUCUGCCAUCGUGAUCACCUGGUUUGCAAACCUCGUCACGGCUGGAGGCCUGAUCAACUAUAUCACGAUCUCGCUGACAUAUAUCUUUUUCCAUCGCGCAUGCAAGGCACAGGGCAUUGAUCGGAGAUCCUUCUCGUAUUUCGGACGGUUACAGCCAUUUUGCGCAUAUGCCGCGUUUAUCUGGAUGGUUCUUGUCACCAUCCUGUACGGAUAUCCUUCGUACAAGCCAUGGAACGUAUCGACUUUCUGGUCGGACUAUACGAUGCAAAUUGUGAUCCCGCCUCUCUUCCUUAUCUGGAAGGUUAUCAAGCGGACGAAGUUUGUCAGGGCUCAUGAAGCGGACCUCGUGUGGGAGCGACCGCUUAUCGAUGCGUACGAGGCCAGCUUUACUGACCCCCCUGUCGGCUUCUGGAGAGAAGUGGGCCAGGUAUUUGGCUUCAGGCGAAUCAAGGGUGGGAAUGACAAGCGCCGCACUUCCGUUAUCAACCCUUCCUCGAAUGGCGUUGAAGAAGGGGUUAUGGCAUGA